CUCUCUCUCUCUCUCUCUAGAUCAUUCUUGGACAUGCAACUUUCCGGCCUUCUUAUUCACAUCUCCCAACGUUCACAUCUCUCACCAACCAGCACCACCACCACAACCACACCCUCUUCUCCGGUUCUCCCUUGCCUAGCUCGUCUCCUCCCCUACCUCCAUUGCAUUGUUUGCUUCAUGCUUCUUGAUAUCUUCCCUAGCUCUUCUUCCUGCUAGCUAGCUACAUCAGUUUGAGUCGAUCUGAUAGUCACCCUCCAAUUCGUCCACAAGGCAACAUCAAGAAGAUCUCAGCUUGCGUAUACGAGAAUAAUGGAGUACUAGUUAGCGGCUAGAUAGUUCGUUUUUGUGUAGGUUUUCCAGGUCGUUGUCGAUUCGGCAGAGCACCGUGUGACGUGCUUAGUUAGGCAGCAGCUAGCUAGUGAUCGAUCGAUCGAUGAUGACUGGAGCACCGCCGAUGCAUAUCUGCAUGGACUCAGACUGGCUCAAGGGCAUCGUCCCCGAGGAGCCCGGGAUGGGGUCGUCGUCGCCGUCGGCGGAGCUGAUCGCGUGCCCGCAGCCGAUGCACGCGGCGGCAGCGGCGGCGGACCGGCGGCUGCGCCCGCAGCACGACCAGCCGCUUAAGUGCCCGCGGUGCGAGUCGACGCACACCAAGUUCUGCUACUACAACAACUACAGCCUCUCGCAGCCGCGUUACUUCUGCAAGACGUGCCGCCGCUAUUGGACCAAGGGCGGCUCGCUCCGCAACGUCCCCGUCGGCGGCGGGUGCCGCAAGAACAAGCGCGCCAGCGCCAAGAAGCCAGCCGCGCCGCCGCUGCAGCCGCUGCAGGCGCACGCGCGGCACAUGGCGGAGACGGCCCUCCAACUGUCCUUCUCCGGCAUGCAGCAGCUGCCUCCGCCCGCCUCGGCCGACCCGUUCUGCAGCCUCGGCCUCCUGGACUGGAGGUACGACCUGACCCUCACGGGCUCCGGUGGCGCAGCUGCCGCGCUGGAUAGCACCAACUCCGAGGCGCACUUCGCCGGGGCGGGCAUCAUGGGCAUCCCCGGCGGCGGCGGCGGCGGUGAGUGCCACGCUCUGAGCGCGCUCCGGUACGCGGCCGGCCUCGGCGAGCACCUGCAGGCGCUGCCGUUCGGAGCGCGCUCGGAGCACGACGCUGUCGAGGUGAAGCCGGAAACGGCUGAGAGACUGCUGUCGCUGGACUGGUACGGCGAGGCGAGCCGCGCGCCGGAAAGUGCCAUCAGCUCGCUAGGCGCGCUUGGCCUGUGGAGCGGCAUGAUCGGCGGCUCCUCCGCGGCCAUCUGACCUGGCAAAAAUGCACGGGCGGGCGCCCCUCCAUGCUUGCAUAUGCAUGCAUGCAUUUUAGUGGUGUGCUAAUAGGGUUCACAAGUAGAAGUGUUUGGCUUCUUGUUUUUGGUGUCGUCAUGUCCUGUUUCUUUUCAUCGUUUUGUUUGGACGAUCGAUGCUUGCAGCACUAUAAUUCCGAGUAAUGGAUUUGUCGUCUGCUGCUGUUGUUCC